UUCGACUUUACUAUCUUGUCUUAUAAUAUAUUAGCAGAUAACUUGCUAUGGAAACAUUCGUAUUUAUACAACCUUUGUCCUCCUGAAGCAUUACAAUGGGAUUUUAGGAAAGAAAAAAUCAUUAACGAACUCUAUCAAUUAAAUGCAGAUAUUGUAUGCCUUCAAGAAGUACAUGAUCAACAUUAUCAUAACUACAUUAAACCCAUGAUGAAAAGGAAAGGAUACAUUGGAGCCUAUGAAAAACGUUUUGGAAAUAACUUCGACGGUUGUGCAACAUUUUUUAAGAAAACUAAAUUUAACAUGGUGCAACGCUGUCGCGUGGAUUAUCACGUCAACGGUGUCUCUUUAAUGGAUCGCGAUAAUAUUGGGCUUAUAGUUAUGUUAGAAUAUCGAAAUCCAACAUCAAAUAGACGCCAUGGUCAAAGUAAUCAUGCUACCGAAGCGAGUGGACUGUCUGAGCCUAAUCUUAAGCUUUGUAUCGCCAAUACUCACUUACUUUAUAAUCCCAAACGUGGAGACGUAAAAUUAGCUCAGUUGACGAAAUUAUUUGCUGAAAUUAAUAACCUUACUACAUCUGCCAAUUGUCCUGUAAUUUUAUGUGGCGAUUUCAAUAGUACCCCAACUAGUGCACUUUUUCAGUUUAUCUCUGAAGGUCAUUUAGUUUAUGACGGUUUAAAUCGAAAGACAUUAUCAGGCCAACGAAAAUCAAAAGUACGCUAUUCUGACGAAUAUGGUGACGGAUUCAACCUACGUCGUGGUGCACUGCCACCAUGGGGAUUGAAAAUUAGCAAUUAUUGCAAAUAUGAUAGCGAUUGUGACAUUGAAACUCACCAAAAUUAUGAUGCACUAUUUCAUCACUUAAAUUUGCGUAGUGUUUAUCGGUAUUUAGAGGAUUCUGUGACGACAGAUUCACAAGCCGUAGACUAUAUUUUUUACUCUACUGAUGCAGCUUGUAAUUCCACAGAUGUUAAAAACAAUCAACCCCAGGUUUCUCAUCGAAUUCAACCCAUAAACUAUUUAAAUUUGUAUUCUAUGGAAGAUAUGGAGAAAAUGCAAUUUUUGCCUAAUUUUCAGCUAGCAUCAGAUCAUAUAUCACUAAUAAGUAAAUUAAGGUACUUUGAAAGUAAAGUCGAAUAG